AUGCUAAAUCUUACAACCGAGUUUUUAGAAGAAAAUUUCGAAAGUUAUAGUAUAUGGAAUUAUCGAAGAAAUAUUUUAAAAAAUGGAGUUAUCCUCCAUCCGGAAUAUGAUAAAACUACUAUACAUAACAUUAUUUUAAAUGAACUACAAUUUUUAAAUGAAUUAAUGAAAAAGCAGCCAAAAAUUUAUUGUAUUUGGUCUCAUAGAAAAUGGUGCUUUGAAAAUGCACCUUUUCCUAUUUGGGAAAAAGAGAAAACAGUUAUUGAUAAUAUAUUAGCUAAAGAUCUCAGGAAUUUCCAUAUAUGGAACUAUCGGCAAUAUAUAAUUUCCAGAAUUGAAGAACAAAAUAAAAUUUCAUAUGCAAAAAGCGAAUUCGAUUAUACUAUGAGUAUUCUUAAAAAAGACUUUUGUAAUUUUAGCGCCUUUCACUAUAGAACAAUAUUAGUGCCUCGUAUCAUAGAAGAAGAAUCUUAUACUCAUUUAGAAAGGAAAUUUUUUUUCGAUAAAGAACUCUUUUUGACUAAAUCUAUUAUUUAUACAUCACCCGAUAACUCCAGUGCAUGGCUUUAUCAUAAUUGGUUAUUAUAUAAUAUAUCUAAAUUAAAUGAUUCUCUUCUAUUAUCAAAUAUUAUUACAAUUAAGAUAGAUUAUCUUAAUCAAGAGAUUACAAUGAUAAAGAAUCUGAUGGAACUAGAGGAAGAUAAAAUACAUUUAAUGAACGCGUAUAUUAACUAUAAUAUAUUACUAUCAAAAAUUUCUAAAAACCCAUUAAAUAUACACCAAAAAAAAGAGUUAACGAAAAUAGCUACAAGACUAAAAAAACUAGAUUCCUUGCGAAAAGGACGCUAUAACGACUUAAGUAUGUGA